AUGGCUCAAACUCCCAAAAAAAGAACCAAGAGGAAGGCGGCGAAGUCACCUUCUAAUUGCCCUGCAGCAAAGAUAGGUCGCAUCGCGAGGGGCUUCCACCUUCAAGACAGAUACAGCGAUCUGACAAUCGUAUGCGGCGACAGAGAGUUCCCUGCUCAUCGCCUUGUCGAAUCCUCUGGACGGAUCGAGAUCCACGACACUGAUUCAGUUCUGGUCGAAAAAACACUCGAAUUCCUCUACACGGGCGACUACACCCCAGACCUGACCAACUAUGUCCCGUUCAGGUUGGCUAGCCCAUCGCCUGGCAGGGAAAAGGACCAAUCGCCGGAAGAGGAAGCAUUCGAGCCCGAAGCGUCGGAAGUCGAGCUCGUAGAAACCGAGCCAGCCAACCACGAUCCCGCAAACGACGACCCGGCCGAAGAGGACACACCCAAUGAUAAAGCCCCAGAAGCUGAAAAGGCAGAAGACCCAAAGGGUACAGACGAUAUGGCGCGAUUCGAGCCCUGUUUUCACGUCCUCAUGCACGAACAAGGGCAUUACUUUCAGAUCCAAGGCCUCCGCCGGAAAGCGCGGGACCAUUUCCGCCGAAGCUUUCUGGCUGGAGAACCUGUACAGGAGCCACUUGUUGCAGUUAUCUAUCAGGCCUAUCGGUCGCGCCCUGUUUGGGAUACUCUGAAGGGCGUCAUGUUUGCGACGAUCAUCAACAAAGCCGAGAGUGUGUACAAGUGUGAGCCGAUCCCGUCCUCUAUUUUCAGGGAGCUUCCCGACUUCGCGCAGGACUUGGCCGAUGCGACGUUGGACUAUCUUGCGCAAAUCCCUGAUAGGCCUUCGGUGUCAUAUGCAGGCGGAGGAUCGGAGUGUUCCUACAGCAGCUGA